AUGUUUCCACUUGUUUCUGCCAAAUACCAUUUUAAUACUUCUGAAACAUCUUCAACUGCAAAUGUACUUGCCCUCUUAACAUGGAAGGCCAGCCUUGAAAGUGAAAGCCAAUUACUUCUUUCUUCUUGGGUGAAUACAAGCACAAGUCCUUGCCAUUGGGACUGCAUUCGUUGCGACAGUGUUGGACGAGUAACUGAGAUGAAUAUGCAAAAUUAUAGCAUAAAGGGUACCCUUCACUAUCUUGAUUUUUCAUCAUUCUCCUAUCUCAUCAGAUUAGACUUACCCAAUAACUCACUCUAUGGUACUCUUCCCACCAACAUAUUCAAUCUUUCAAGGCUGAGUUACCUUGACUUAGGCUACAAUGAUUUUUCAGGAAUGGUUCCACCUGAAAUAGGGUUAUUGAGAAGCUUGAGUUUUUUAUUUCUUGAUUACAACGAAUUCUCUGGGCAUAUUCCACGAGAAAUAGGGAUGUUGAGUUCUUUAAAAGACCUCUUUCUGUCAAAAAACACAUUUGUUGGCUCUAUUCCCACUUCUUUUGGUAACUUGACCAACAUAAAGUCCUUGUAUCUUCAUAGCAACACGCUUUCAGGACCCAUCCCUCAGGAGAUUUGGUCUUUGACACAUUUGAUGGAUGUUGAUUUGGGAUGGAACAAUUUUAGUGGUCAAAUAUCAAGUUCUAUUGGGAAUUUCAGAAAGUUGUACUCUUUGAUUUUGUCCAAAAACAGUCUCACAGGUGAAAUACCAACAUCAAUUGGAGACUUAAGCAACCUGCUCGUUUUAUCCAUUUGUAAAAACAGGCUUUCAGGGCCCAUUCCUACAUCCAUUGGAAACUUGACGAAGCUAAAGACAUUGUAUUUAUGUCAAAAUGGAUUGUAUGGUCCCAUUCCUCCAAGCUUUGGGAACUUAAAAUCUCUUGUUGAUAUGAGAUUGUUCAUUAAUAAACUCAAUGGACCCCUUCCACUAGAGUUGGAAAACAUUACCAACUGGGAGAUGUUUCACAUAGCCGAUAACCAUCUCUCUGGUCAUUUGCCUCAUAAUGUUUGUCUUGGUGGAUUCCUGACAGAAGUAUCAGUGCAGAAUAAUCGUUUCAUCGGUAGCAUUCCGAGAAGCUUGAAAAACUGCUCCAAGUUAUCCAGGGUCAGACUUGAAAACAAUAAACUAUCAGGAAAAAUAUCAGAAGCUUUCGGUGUAUAUCCGAAUCUAGACUACAUUGAUUUAAGUCACAAUGAAUUGCAUGGAGAGCUAUCAUCACAAUGGGGACUUUGUGGUAAAGUUACCUGUUUGAAGAUGUCCAACAACAAUUUAUCUGGAUCUAUUCCAUUUGAGAUUGGAAAUGCAUCUUCUUUACAGGUGCUUGAUCUCUCCUCUAACAAUUUCACUGGCAAGGUCCCUAGAAGCUUGGAUAGCCUAAAGCUACUUUUUGAGCUUGAUUUGUCUAGUAACGAACUUUCAGAUGGUAUUCCAUCAGAACUUGGGAAGCUUUCUUCCCUUGCAAAACUUAACUUAGCAGCAAAUCAUCUCAGUGGCAUAAUUCCACAAGAGAUUGGAAACAAUGUGCAGCUAUUGAGCUUGAACUUAAGCAAAAACAUGUUGGAAGCAAGUAUUCCUUCACACUUAGGGAACUUGCGGUUCUUACAAAAUAUGGAUCUUAGUCAUAACAUGCUUACUGGUGAGAUGCCAUGGAAACUGGGACGAUUACAAAGCUUGGAGCUAAUGAAUCUUUCGCAUAAUAAGCUGUUUGGUUCGAUCCCAUCAAGUUUGGAUCAGUGUCUUAGUUUGAGGUUUGUUGAUAUAUCUAAUAAUCAAUUGGCCGGUCCUGUUCCUAACAUCUUAGCUUUUCAGAAUGCGUCGCUUGAAGAACUAAGAGACAAUAAAGGCUUGUGUGGCCAUCUCAUUGGUUUGAAACCUUGCUCUUCAUAUUUAAUCACCAAGAAAAGAAUAAAAAUCUCGACGAUUCUUUUUAGUUUGGGUGGUGUUCUUCUUUUGAUGGUUGUGAUCAUUUGUCUUCUUUAUACCACAUCUUGGAAAAGGAAAAAUCAAAUUGAGCAAAGAGAACAAACCAAGGAUCUUUUUUCCAUUUGGAGCUUCGACGGGAAGAUGACAUAUGAGAACAUCAUUAGCGCAACAGAGGGAUUUAACAGCAAAUAUUGCAUAGGAAAGGGAGGACAUGGAAGUGUCUUCAGGGUCGAGUUACCAAGCGAGCAAGUGGUCGCGGUGAAAAAAUUUCAUCCUUUAGAUGAUGGUGAGUUGGACAGCUUGAAAAGCUUUAAAAAUGAAACAAAAACAUUGUUGUUAAUCCGUCAUCGUAAUAUUGUAAAGCUUUAUGGAUUUUGUUCACAUGCAAGACAUUCUUUCUUGGUUUACGAAUUCUUGGAAGGAGGAAGCUUAUUAGAGAGACUAAGAAAUGAUGUUAAAGCGGCAGAGUUAGAUUGGAUUAAGAGAGUGGACAUUGUCAAAGGAGUAGCAAAUGCAUUAUCUUAUAUGCAUCAUGAGUGUUCACCUCCUAUUCUUCACAGGGAUAUAUCAAGUAAGAAUGUUUUGUUAGAUUGUGAAGACAGGCCCCAUCUUUCUGAUUUUGGUACUGCAAAACUCCUAAGGCCUAACUCCUCUAAUUGGACUUCAUUUGCUGGAACUUUUGGAUAUGUUGCUCCAGUUAUGGAAAUUGUGCAUCUGAAUAUUCCUUUUCUUCUUGAUUCACAUGUAUAUACAGAGCUUGCUUACACUAUGGAGGUAGAUGAAAGUUGUGAUACCUACAGUUUUGGAGUGCUAUCAUUGGAAGUGAUUUUAGGUCGGCAUCCAGCUGAUCAUAUUGUUCAUGCUAUAUCAUCAAAAACCGGCCUUGACAUAUUAUUAAAGGAUUUCAUUGAUCAACGGCCAUUACCUCCGUUUCGAGUGGCUGAAGAAUUGAUCAACAUCACAAAGAUAGCAUUGACAUGUCUUUAUCCAAGUCCACAACUUAGGCCAACCAUGCAACAAGUUUCUACGUCUUUAGCCAAAGAAAAGCCACUUUUGAAUAAUUGUUUUCCUUUUAUUACUUUAGGCCAACUGAUUGAUCUUGAACUAGGAAGUUCCUAA